UGUAGUGGAAGUGAGCUGGAAGUGAGUAGCAAAACAGAGUGUGAGUUUCACUGAUCCUACUGAUUUUCAGGGCUUUGGAGAAAUCUGAUUCACAACGACAGGCAAGGGUAUCUGCUGAUCAUCUGCAGUUUCUGGGAUCCCAGUUGCAUCUGUUCCAGUGGGGAUUUCACUGCUGCUGUAGCAUGUGUUAGUAGAACCUCUUGCAUUUGGCUUUGUUGACCCAAGGCAUCCCUUCAUAACCACAUUAUUGGCUACUGGAGACUUCUGCAGAACAGAAGGGAACAGUCAGGAAGCAAAGAUGAUCUCCUUCAAGCAACUGCCCAUUGAAGCAAAGGCUGCAGUGGCUGCAGGAGUGGUUUUCUUCUCCAUGAUGCUAUCACGGAGUUACCUGGCCGAAAAACUCGAUUUCAGGACGCGGCGCUGGCUUCUAAGGCUGCAAAUGGCACUAUUUGCUAAUACACUCAUGUUGAUGGGGUCUCUUCAUGUUUGGAGAAGUACAGUCACCACGUUCACCAGGUCUUCAGCUGCCAGCUCCUUCUGUUUCAUGCUCUGGAAAAUAGCUGUGUUCAUGUUUCUGGCUUUGGCUCAUUCAAGCUUCUUUACCUUGCUAUUUCUUGUUGCAGAAGAGCCCUAUUUCUUUUCUUUAGCUGCCUACACUUGCUUGGGGGCUUACAUUAUUCUCAUCUUUUUCCUCUUCACUCUAGGCUCUGUAGAGCAGGCUUACAAGUUCUUGGCUGGGAGAGGUGCUAAGGCAGGCACUAGCAACAAGAACAGAACAGCACUGAAACCAGUUCUGGCAGUCUUGCUGACUGUUGUGCUGACUGUUGUUGGGCUGUUAAAUGCUUCCCAGCCUCCUACUGUGAAUUCAGUGGAGAUUCCAGUUCACAAGCUGCCCUCAACAAUGAAUAACCUGAAAGUGGUGUUGCUUUCAGAUAUCCAUCUGGGGCCUACAGUUGGGAAGACCAAGCUUGCCAUGAUAGUAAGAAUGGUUAAGGCUUUAAAACCAGAUAUCACCGUGAUUGUUGGUGACCUGUCUGAUGCUGAAGCAAAGAUCAUACGACCUGCUGUUGAGCCUCUUGGAGAACUUGAUUCCCCUUUGGGGACUUACUUUGUCACAGGAAACCAUGAGUACUACACCUCAGAUGUUAGCAACUGGUUUGAACUGUUAAAGUCGUUUAACAUUCAGCCGUUGCAUAAUGAGAAUGUGAAGAUUGUUUCACCAAAGAGCACUUCUGACUGGUUCUGCCUGGCUGGCGUGGAUGAUAUUGAAGCAGAUGUGUUGCGCUAUUCAGGACAUGGCAUGGAUUUGAAAAAAGCUCUCAGAGGUUGUAGCAGUGAGCAUGCAAUAGUGCUCUUAGCUCAUCAGCCAAUUGCUGCAAAGUGGGCCCUUCAGGAGAGACCAGACAUAAAUUUAAUCCUCUCUGGCCAUACUCACGGAGGGCAGAUUUUCCCUCUAAAUGCUGGAGCUUAUCUUCUGAAUCCAUUCUUUGUUGGCUUGUACCAAGUUGGGCAGAAUACCUUCGUCUAUGUCAGCCCGGGGACGAUGUACUAUGGAAUACCUAUGAGGCUGGGCAGCAGAGCUGAAAUAACGGAGAUUAUUCUACAUUCUCCUUGAGAGUUUUCCAUUUGAUAGACUUCUAAAUUUUUUUUUUGGGGUCAGUCUAUUGACUCUCCUACUAUGAAAGCAAAUCCUUUUUCAGGGAAGGCAGAGAAGGUGUGUUGGGCUUCAGCAGGUUAUCUUAAGUUUGAGGAGAAAACACUAACUGUAUCUUGGACCUAUGAAACAAAAUUUGGACAUGUUAAAUUACUGAAGAAAUUAGGUCUUUGAGUUCAUUAUCAUUGAGGUUCUGCAUUUAAAGAUAACACUGAUGUCAUGGCGAUAAUGUGUGUCCUGUGCAUGUUUAGUAAUAUCUGUGUCCUGCAGCUACUUCAUGUUCCACUGUUUGGUGUCCAUCAGGCAGCUGCUUUAUGAAAUCUCAGGCAGGUGAAGUUCUGAGCUUGUGCAAUGAAGUCACUUAUGCGUGUUUUGCAGAAAGGCCUGCAGGAGUGUGCACUGAGUAUGUAGACUCUAGGAGGCUUAUACUAGAGUAGUUAUGAGAAAGGAAUAGUUUAAUAGUUUAGGGUUUUUUUUUAAAUUGAUGCUGGAUAUCUUUAUCCUGCUAGCUAUCUGCACCAUGCACCAUGCUUCCAGUCUGUGCUUCUUACUAGUACUAUAAUUAGCCAGGCAUCAGUUAUGAAAUUCAGUUUUGUCCAGUUAAAAAGUUAGUGAGACUGACACCAAAAGGUGAAAGUAGCUGUCUUUCUCUCAGGCAUUUUCCCCAGAUUAGCUGGGCAUCCAGUGAUUGCUUACUGAAAAUAGCUCUAACAAAAGCAAAUGAGGAAAAUUCUAAAAUUAACUUCUGUUGCUGUCUGAACAUAUACUAUCUCCUUAUAUCAAGCACUAAUUCCAAAGCUGAAAUACUCAGUCUUUUGUCUUCAUUCUGUAUUUUUUUCUUUCUGCCUGAUUUCUCGUCCAUAAUUUUUCUUUUGCAAAAGUAAGAAGAUGCUAUUUGAAAACAAUGCAAAUAAGUUAAUGCUUGAAAUUUGUUCAAGGCUUUAAGUAAAUUAUGUCCUCUUUUAAUGAGACUAAACUCUACAGCAGAUGACUUUCCCUAAGAGCAUUUACAGUCAGUGUCCUGGUUGUCUGAUGAGCACAUAGCAGAGUAACUGCUACAGGACAAUAAGGCAUGAAGGAUUUCUUCCCAUCUUUCAUAGAAGGGCUAAAAUUAACAUAAAAUUAGCAUGAAUUAACAUAAUUAUGGGAAAUUUGAGGUAUUGGAGAAUAAUUGAUACAAACAUUCUUGUUUCUAUAUAUUUGUAUUCACUUAAGAAAGCCAGGAUGUAAAAUAAUGUGUGACUUUUGUCCACGCUGAUGAAACACUACUUCUGUUCAUCUUCUCUCUCCUCCUCUCCCUCCUCAUUGUUGCUGCAUGAAGCAUCACAGACAAUUGGAGCCUGGAAAUGCUGCCUCUAUAGUCUGCAGCUGUAUCUGCAGGGUUUCCCUUGCUCUGCCCUUCAGGCCACCAGUGCUCAUGUUCCUCUCAGGCAGAUCCACAGCAUGGGGCAAAAGAAAGCGGUUCUUAUCCAGGAGACUGAGGGUGGAGGACCAGAGCUGUGGUGUUCAGUCUUUUCCUGCCUUCCUGUGUGAUCCUGAACCUACCAUAAACCCUUGGUUUUGUUCUUCAGCUUCUGUUCUCAUACUGAAGGAGAUCGAUGGGGAUGUGUUUGAAAACUACCGUAAUCAUUGUAAAGUUGAGGGGGUUUGUAAGUUAAAUUUUGAGGUUUGACUUCAUCCACUCCAGGCAUCUCCCAGCCAGAGUUUCUAAUUCCUAUGCUGGUUUUGUAUCCUGCUUCUCUGUACAAGCAUCUUGCAUUUUUACUCAGGAAUGAUGACAAAUACUGUAAAUGUGUCACAAACGUUAGUGGAAUUGUUGGAGAAGUCAGUCCUCUUUCAGUCUGAAAACAGAAUACCUUACCAGCCAUGCUCUCUGCUUGCCAAAUUUAUUAGUUUCUGUUUCCCACCACUUGUAAUUUUGUAAGCUUUUUUUUUUAAUGAUUGUGUGAUAAUAUCUGCUUAAGUAUCCUAAAUGUAUUCAACACUGCACACUGUCCAUGUGCGAUCCAUCUGAGGCUUUUUGCAGUCAGUGACAGUAUCAGAUGGUCUUAUGAGGAAGGAAUUUUGAUAGCCUGUAACCCUCUGGUUACUUGUCAACACGCCUUCAGUUAAGAGCUAUGUUCUGGGUUUAGUGGUGCAGAGUAUUGUUGCCUGGCCAGUAGUCCAGGAGGAUUUUUACACUUGUUGCACUGAAUGUUCUUACCAUGUUAAGAAGACUAAUUGUUAAGCCAGUUUCGUCAAUAGGAGGCAUUUGUGGGACUGAUUUUAGAUCGUGUCAGUUUCUCAAUGAGUUGCUAGUUUUGUUUUUUUUUUUUUCCUGCUCUUUUUACUUAUUUUUUCAUUACUUUGUAUGUGCCUCUCUUGGAAGAUUAUUAUGUAUCCUUUCAAAAGCAGAUAUGCAUCCUUUUAGGAGUGGUCAUAUUGGCAUUUCAUAAAUGUAUUGAGUUCUCCUGAUGUAAUUUAGUCUUGCCCAUUUUUUUUUUUUGUAUCUCUCCCUCUGAAAGGUUGUUUGCUUGGUGAUUACUUAUUACUUUAAAUGUUUUCUUUCUGUGCCAAAAGACUUCAAAGCCUUUUCUUAUUUUGCUUUUUAAUUAUGAAUGGAAAGUAUCCUAGAUCAACUUUCUGUUUGAUGAAAGGAAUGAACUAUUUCUAUAAUCUCUCGAAUCAGCAAUCUCUGUCCUUGAAGGUUCUUUUUAUACUUUUUCAAACUUUCAGUUUUAUUUGAACAUGCACAAUGCAGACCUGUGUUCAGUAUUUCAUAUGAAGACAAAUUGCUGUGCUGCUUAUUUUGUAAUUUUUAAUUUUUUUUUGGUAAAUUUUAUGUGUGUGUAUGUAAUAUAUUUAAUCUGGGGAACUGAACUAAAUGAAUAUGUAUUUCAUCCUAUAAAAGGCCAGUUCAUUGGGGGCUGAGGACGAGUUAAUUAAUGUCAGAAUUAAUAGUAGAAUAUAAUAGUAUCAUCACUUUGUGAAAAUUAUACUUAUUAUAUAAUUACUAUGGAAUGGAUUGGAAAAUAUGUAAAUUGUGGUAUAACAAAUGCUUUAAAUGUUGGGAUUUAAUAAAACUUUAUUCUUAUAAUC